CGCCCCUCCCCUCUCCUCCUCCUCCUCAGCCGCCUGGAGCGAGACACCAAUAUGGAGCCCGAGGACUUGCCUUGGCCGGGCGAGCUGGAGGAGGAGGAGGAGGAGGAGGAGGAGGAGGAGGAGGAGGAGGAGGAGGAGGAGGAGAAGGAGAAGGAGGAGCCGGAGGACGAGGUCGUGAUGGUGGAGGAGGUGGAGGGUGAGGAAGAGCCAGAGGGUGAGGAAGAGCUGGAGUUGGACCCCGAUUUUAAUUACGAGUUACAGCGCGGGGAGAGCACGGACGGAGAGGAGGACGAGGACGAAGAGGCAAAGGCCUGGCUCCAGGCGCCCCCCGCCCGAGUCUCGCCCCCGUGGCGCCACUACCCGGAGGGCGAGAGGGCCUGCGCGGAGGUUGUUCCAAUGACCUGUCGUGUAUGGCAGCAAUCACUAAAUCAAGGCAAUAAUGGAACAAAGAUUUCCAGUACUAAUGUGGUCUCACUGGAAACAACUCAGUGGGGGCCUGGAGAUGAUCAGAAAACGGAAUCUUGGCAUUGUCUUCCUCAAGAAGCGGACUUUUCCCAAACCUUGGAUACAUCCCAGACCAGGUUUAAUGUGAGAAAGGAAGGGGCUGAAGUAACAGACUUCCCCUCUCUGGAGGAAGGCAUAUUGACCCAGUCAGAAAAUCAAGUGAAGGAACACAACAGAGAUUUCUUAUGUUCUCCAUUGCUAGUCAUACAAGACAGCUUUGCUUCUCCUGAUUUGCCUUUGCUGACUUGCGGGACACAAGAUCGAGAGUUUGGACUUGACUCCCUAUUUCACCAAAGUGAACUAGAUUUUGCACCUCUGAGGGGGAUUCCUGAUAGGUCCGAAGACACCGAAUGGUUUUCUCGACCAUCGGAAGUUAGCGAAGCUUUGUUCCAGGCAACCUCAGAAGUAGCUUCAGACUUUGUUAACAGCUGCUUUAGUGUAUCUCAGCACCCACUUAUAGAUGGUACAGUCGUAGAGUCUCAGUGCUCUCUUUUACCUCUUGAACAAGAGAAUAAUGAAGAGGCCAUUUCAUCUGAUACGGUUGAUGAAGUGAAAACCCCCAAAGACUCUGAUGCUCUUUAUGCAUAUAUGUCAUUGAAGACGCAAGAAGUGGUACAGCAGCCAGAAACCAGUUUAGCUGGUAAAGAUCAGGUUUCUUUCUCUAGUUCAUCUGAUAGAAGUGAUGAAAACAGAACUACCAAAGGAAGUGAUAGUUUUGAUGCUUCUUGUUCAUACAUGCAGUGUUGGAAAGAGGAAGCUUUUCAGCAGUCAGAAACGUGUAAGGACCAUGAUUCCUUUUCAGAUGCAUCUGACACAAUCGAUGAAAAUGAAAUUCCAACGGGAAGUAACACUUCUGGUGUCUCUUGUUCAUUUAUGCCAUGGUGGGAACAGGAAGCUUCACAUUGUCCGCAAGCAUGUCCAACCAGUACGGACCGUGUUUCUUUUCCACAUGAAGUUGCUUCUCAUUUUAAUAAUACAAUGUCGAAUUCUAUCUUGCAUUGUUUGUUGGAAAGAAGAGGAGAAGACGUUUUCUUGACACAUGAAAGCCGUUAUUUUGAGAGUGCUUAUUUAAGGAUUUCAGCUGAGAAUGAGGUCAAACAAAAAAUGCAUUCUUUGGAGGGUUAUCAAAGAAAUGAAGAAGGGCUGGGGGAAGAGUUAUCUCCACAUUUUGAACAAAAGGAGGCUGGAAAUAACUUAGUGUCUUCAGGAGUGGAUCCCAAACCUUCAGAAAUACAGCAUAUAGGGAAUGUCGCAGUUCCUGAUAGUUCUGUAAAAGUUUCGGAAGCGUACAUACUCUCCAUGGGACAUGACACUUUUAAGAUGGAAGUUCCUGGUGGUCCCCUUCAGACUGUUAAAUCCAGCUUGGGUGAGACACCAGAACAACUAUAUUUUCAAGAGGAAAGAAACCGAAAGGAAGCUUCCACCUUGGGUGGGAAGAGUGCUGAUGCUACUGAAAAUGUAGCCUUUGAGGCAGUUAUUGCCUCUAUCGAGCCUUCAGAAAAAGAGAGUAUGGUAAAUGGAAUCCACACUAUCAAUAGAUCUUUAACAAAUGACAGCCAAGAAAGAGAACCAAAAAACGCAGCCCCUCCCUUAUCAAAUUAUAAUGCUGAAAAGUCUUUACUUGAUCAGCUUAGUCAUCCACUCUAUCAGUCUACUCCUGGGGUAUUUGAACCAGCAGCUUCAAAACCAUUGUUGCAUAAAAAAGGUGUUGAAGAUAGUUCCCUGUACUGGCAUCCUAAUUUAAAAUCACACCCUAAUGCUACAGAAAUGCUCACUCCAGAGCUUAAGUCAUCUGCUCCUUUAAGUGAAAAACCGUCUCACAAACAGAGUAUUGGUCUUGACAGACCACAGCCAGCUUUAAUUGAGGGUGACACAGGCAGUGAACCAUUUCUUCUCAUUGGGAAGGUGAAGUCUGUUUCUGCUCUUGACCUUGCAGAGAAGACAGAAUCUUCAGACAUUCAUCCACUGAAAGUAUCAACUUCAGAUGCUUUGAUUUUACAAGGAUUAAAGCUGCAAAGCUCUGAUGAAGUUGCAGAUUCAUCAAACUAUAUUUUGGAGUGCCUGCAGGGGAAGGCUGAGUCUGACAUCAUUUCCCUGGAUGAUGAUACCGAAUGCCGCAUCUUAGAUGAACAUGGAGUGGCGGGCAGUGAAAGAGCUGCUGAUCUACUGAGAGAGGUAGGUCUCUCUGAUCUGGGCCUUAAUCAGUCUUUUGCGUCUACAUUGCCUCCAUCUGUUCCUCAUGAGCCAGCCAGAGAGCUAGAAUAUCAUUCUUCAGAUCUCAGAAUGUUGAGAGUAUCUCCUGAGACUGUGGCAAAGACUCUCAGACGUUUAGCAGGAGAUACUACUGAGGGAAGCACAGAUGGAAUUACUCAAACCAACUUGAAAUCAGGCAGUACUACCACUUCUGGAGACUCAGACAUUAGAUCUAAUUUGUCCUUGCAUACUGAGGCCUUGCCUCAGUUGAUUGUAAGGUCCGCUCAACAGAAGACUCUUGGUCAGCAUACUGAUGUUUUCUACCCACAGACUUUGCAAGAUAGUCCUCUAAGUGAACAGACUCUGGAAGUUUCAGCUGUACCUAUACAGGCAAACCAAAGGACUGAAAUACCAAUAGUGCCUUUUAGUUCCCACUCAUAUGGAGAGAGGCCUAGUACUUUGUAUCAGCAAGAGUUACCAGACAGUCAUCUAAGUGAAGAAGCUCUGAAAGCUUUAACUACACCUGUACCAGCUGACCAGAAUACUAAGAUAGCAAGAGUAACCUUUAGUUCCUGCUCACAUAGAGAUAAGCCCAGUAUAGUCUACAAACAGGCAUUGUCAGACAGUGAUCUAAGUGAAGAAGCUCUGAUACUUUUAGCUGCUCCAGGACCAGGUGAUCAGAAGACUGAGAUACAAACAGUGCCCUCUAGUUCCUACUCACAUAGGGAAAAGCCUAGUACUUUCUUUCAUCAGGAGUUGUCAGGUAGUGAUUUUACUGAAGAGUCCCUGAAAAGCUCAGCUGUUCCUGGACCACCUGACCAGAAGCCUGGCAUACCAACAGUACUCUCUAGUUACGACUCACAAAAAGAGAAGCCCAGUACUUUUUACCAACAGGUGUUACCAGAUAGCCAUCUAACUGAAGAGGUUCUGAAAAAAAGUUCACCUGUUCCUGUACCAGCUGACCAAAAGACUGGGAUACCAGCAGUGCUCUCUAGUUACUACUCACAAAGAGAGAAGCCCAGUACCUUUUACCAUCAGGUAUUACUCAAUAGCCAUCUAACUGAAGAGGCUCUGAAAAAGAGUCCACCUGUUCCUGGACAGGGUGACAAGAAGCCUGAGAUACCAACAAUGCUUUCUAGUUACAACUCACAAAGAGAGAAGCCCAGUACUUUUUACCAACAGGUAUUACUAGAUGGUCAUCUAACUGAAGAGGUUCUGAAAAGUUUACCUGUUCCUGGACUAGCUGACCAGAAGACUGGAGUACCAACAGUGCCACUUAGUUACUACUCAUAUAGAGAGAGACCUGGUAUUUUCUUCCAGCAGACAUUACCAGAUAGUCAUUUAACUAAAGAGACUCCCAAAAGUUCAGCUGUUCCUGAAAGUUACAACCAAAACACUGGGAUACCAAGAGUAUCCCCUAGUUCCUACUCACAUAGAGAGAAGCCUGGUACUUUCUACCAACAGGUGUUACCAGGUAGUCAUCUAAGUGAAGAGGGCCUGAGAAAUUCACCUGUUCCUGGCAUACCACCUGGCCAGAAGCUUGGGAUACAGACAGUGUCCUCUAGUUCCUACUCACAAAGAGAGAAGCCUGGUGUUUUAUACCAACAGACAUUGCCAAAUAGUCAUUUAAAUGAACAGGCUCUGAAAGGCUCAGCUGGUCCUGGACAACCUAACCAGAAGUCUGGCAUACCAACAGUACCCUCCAGGUCCCACUCACAUGGAGAGAAGCCUGAUACUUUCUACCAGCAGGUGUUACCAGAUAGUCAUCUAACUGAAGAGGCUCUGAGAAGUUCACCUGUUCCUGGCAUACCAGCGACCCAGAAAACUGGGAUACCAAUAGUGUCCUCUGGUUCCUACCCACAGAGAGAGAAGCCUGGGAUUUUCUACCAGCAGAUAUUACCAGAUAGUCAUCUAACUGAAGAGGCCCUGAGAAGUUCACCUGUUCCUGGGGUACCUGCUACCCAGAAAACUGGGAUACCAAUAGUGUCCUCUAGUUCCUACCCACAGAGAGAGAAGCCAGGUAUUUUCUACCAACAGACAUUACCAGAUAGUCAUCUAACUGAAGAGGGUCUGAAAGGGUCAGCUGUUGCUGGACAACCUGACCAGAAGUCUGACAUACCAGCAGUACCCUCUAGGUCCUACUCACCUAGAGAGAAGCCUGAUAUUUUCUACCAGCAGACAUUGCCAGAUAGUCACCUAGCUGAAGAGGCUCUGAGAAGUUCACCUGUUCCUGGCAUACCGGCUACCCAGAAAACUGGGAUACCAACAGUGUCCUCUAGUUCCUACCCACAGAGAAAGAAGCCUGGGAUAUUCUUCCGAGAGACUUUGCCAGAUAGUAAAAUAACUGAAGAGGCUCUGAAAGGGUCAUCUUGUCCUAGACAACCUGACCAGAAGUCUGGCAUACCAACAGUACCCUCUAGUUCCUACUCCCCUAGAGAGAAGUCUGGUGCUUUCUACAAACGGGUGUUACCAGAUGGUCAUCUAACAGAACAGGCUCUGAGAAGUUCACCUGUUCCUGGCAUACUGCCUGGCCAGAAGCUUGGGAUACAAACAGUGUCCUCUGGUUCCUAUUCACAAGGAGAGAAGCCCGGUGUUUUCUACCAACAGAGAUUGCCAGAUAGUCAUUUAAAUGAACAGGCUCUGAAAAGCUCAGCUGGUCCUAAAAGAGCUGAGCAGAAGUCUGGCAUCCCAACAUUACCCUUUAGUUCCCACUCACAUGGAGAGAAGCCUGACACUGUCUACCAACAGACGUUACCAGGUAGUCAUCUAACUGAAGAGGCUCUGAGAAGUUCACCUGUUCCUAUCAUACCAGCUACCCAGAAGACUGCAGUACCAACAGUGUCCUCUAGUUCCUACCCACAGAGAGAGAAGCCUGGGGUUUUCUACCAACAGACAUUGCCAGAUAGUCAUAUAACUGAGGAGACUCUGAAAGGUUCAGCUGGUCCUGGACGACCUGACCAGAUGUCUGGCACACCAAUAGCACCCUCUAGUUCCUACUCACCUAGAGAGAAGCCUGAUACUUUCUACCAGCAGGUGUUACCAGAUAGUCAUCUAACUGAAGAGGCUCUGAGUUCACCUGUUCCUGUCAUACCAGCUACCCAGAAAACUGGGAUACCAACAGUGUCCUCUAGUUCCUACCCACAGAGGGAGAAGCCUGGUGUUUUCUACUUGCAGACGUUGCCAGAUAGUCAUCAAAACAAACAGGCCCUGAAAGGCUCAGCUGGUCAUGGACCGUUUGACCAGAAAUCUGGCAUACCAACAGUACCCUCUAGUUCCCACUCACAUGGAGAGAAGCCUGAUACUUUCUACCAGCAGGUGUUACCAGAUAGUCAUCUAACUGAAGAGGCUCUGAGAAGUUCACCUGUUCCUGGCAUUCCAGCUACCCAGAAAACUGGGAUACCAACACUGUCCUCUAGUUUCAGCCCACAGAAAGAGGAACCUGGUGUUUUCUACCAACAGACAUUGCCAGAUAGUCAUCUAACUGAAGAGGCUCUGAAAGGUCCAGCUGGUCCUGGACGACGUGACCAGAAGUCUGGCAAAGCAACAGUACCCUCUAGUUCCCACUCACAUAGAGAGAAUCCCAGUACUUUCUACCAGCAGGCACUACCAGAUAGUCAUCUAACUGAACAGGCUCUGGAAAGCUCACUUGUUCCUGGUAUACCAGCUGACCAGAAGACUGGGAUACCAAGAGUACCCUCUAGUUUCCACUCACAUAGAGAGAAGCCUGAUGUUUUCUACCAACAGGUGUUGCCAGAUAGUCAUCUAACUGAAGAUGCCCUGCGAAGUUCACCUGUUCCUGUUAUACCAGCUGACCAGAAGGCUGAGAUACCAGUCCUGUCCUCUAGUUCCUACCCUCAGAGAGAGAAGCCUGGUGUGUUCUACCAACAGGUGUUGCCAAGUAGUCAUCUAACUGAAGAGGCUCUGAGAAGUUCACCUGUUCCUGGCAUACCAGCUGACCAGAAGGCUGAGAUACCAGCACCGUCCUCUAGUUUCUACCCACAAAGAGAGAAGCCUGGUGUUUUCUACCAACAGGCGUUGCCAGAUAGUCAUAUAACUGAAGAGACUCUGAAAAUUUUACCUGUUUCUGGACCAGCUGACCAGAAGACUGGUAUACCAACAGUACCCUCUAGUUCCUACUUAGACAGAGAGAAGCCUGGUACUUUCUACCAACAGGAGUUGCCAGAUAGUCAUCUAACUGAACUGGCUCUGAAAAGUUCACCUGUUCCUGGACCAACUGACCAAAAGACUGGGAUAGAAACAGUUUCCUCUAGUUCCUAUCCACAGAAAGAGAAGCCUGGUGUUUUCUACCAGCAGACGUUGACAGACAGUCAUUUAACUGAGGAGGCUGUGAAAGUUUUAGCUCUUCCUGGGCCAGCUGCCCGGAAGACUGGGAUACCAACAGUACCCUCUAGUUCUUACUCACAUAAGGAGAAGCCCAGUACUCUCUCCCAACAGGAGUUGCCAGAUCCUCAUCAUACAGAUGAGCCUCUGAAAGUUUUAACUGUUCUUGAACCAGCUGAUCAGAAGACUCAGAUAGCAACAGUACUCUGUACUUCCUGUUCACAUAAAGAGAAACCUGGUACUUCACACCAACAAACACUGCCAGAUAGUCAUCUAACUGAAGAGGGUCUGAAAGAUUCACCUGUUCCUGGACCAGCUGACCAGAAGACUGGAAUACCAAUAGUACCCUCUAAUUCUUACUCACAUAGAGAGAAGUCUGGUGUAUUUUACCAACAGGAGUUGUCAGUCAGUGAUCUGACUGAAGAGACUCUGAAAGUUUUAGCUGUUCCUGGACCAGCUGACCAAAAGUCUGGGAUAUCAACUGUACCCUCUAGUCUUUACUCACAGAGAGAGGCACCUGGUAUUUUCUACCAGCAGGUGUUGCCAGAAAGUCAUCUUUCUGAAGGGUCUCUGAAAAGCUCGGAUGUUCCUGGACCAGCUGACCAGCAAACUGGGAUACCGACACUACUUUCUAGUUCUUUCUCACCUAAAGAGACGCCCGGUACUUUCUACCAACAGAAUUUUCCAGAUAGUCAUCUAACUGAAGAAGCUCCAGAAGUUUCAACUGUCCCUGGACCAGCUGAUCAGAAAACUGGGUUACUAAUAACUCCCACUAGCUCCAGCUCACAUAGAGUGAAGCGCAAGAUCUCACCUAUUACUGGAUCGAAUGACCAGAAGACUGAGUCACCAACAACUCCCACCAAUUCCAACUCACACAGAGAGAAGCCCAAGAUUUCAACUGUGAUUGGACCAGAUGACCAGAAGACUACAUUUUUGACAGUUUUCUCUAGCUCCUAUUCUCAAAGAAUAAAGCCCAGUAUUUUCUCUCAACAGGAGUUGCCAGAUAGACAUAAAACUGAAGAUAAUCUGAAGGUUUCAACUGUCCCUAAACCACCUGAUGGGAAUACUGGGAUACCAAUACCUCUUACUAGUUCCUAUACACAGACAGAGAUAUCUGAUUUUUUCUACCCAUCGGAAUUGUCAGACAGGCGUCUAACUGAUGAUAUUCCGAAGGUUUCAACAAUUCCUGGACCAGGUGACCAGAAAACUGUGUUACCAACAGUUCCUCCUAGUUCUGUUUCACACAGAGAAAAGCCUAGUAUUUUUUCUGAAAAGGGUUUACCAGAUAGACAUGUAACUGAAGAUAUUCUGAAGGUCUCAAGUGCUCUUGGGCAAGUUGAACAGAUUACCGUGUUACCAACAGCUCCCCCUGGUAUUUACUUACAUAGUGAAAAGCACAAAGUUGUUUCAGAACAUGCCCAAAAGCUAGUAGAUAAUUUUAAUUCCUCUGACCUCAGUGUUCGCUCAAAGAAUAUGCCUAUAAAUUCUCAGGUUGAGGAUAGAGUUGUAAUAAAUAAGCCAGAAACUUUAGGUUUUAGAGAUUUGGGCUCUGAGGAAACCAGGAAUAUUAAUAGUGGUUCCAAAACUCUUAAAGAAAUUCAGACACUUUUAAUGGAGGCAGAAAAAAUAGCACUGAGACGAUGCAAGAUUCCUGCUCCCCUUAUCCCUUUCAGGGAUGUUGGUGAUAUUUCAUGUAUGCAAUCGAAGAAGGUGGUUUGCUUCAAAGAACCUGUCACAACUGAUGAAUGCAGUGGUAAUUUGUGUCAGAAAGAGCCAUUAGCAGAAGAAAACCCAAGCAACAGCUGCAUACAGAAGGAUAUUAGCACACAGACAAAUCUAAAAUGCCAGAGAGGCAUUGAAAAUUGGGAGUUUAUUAGUUCAACUACAGUUAGAAGUCCUCUACAGGAAGCAGAACACAAAGCCAGAGUAGCAUCAGAGGAAACCCUUAAGCAAUAUGAAACAGCCAAAUCUGUAACGAGGUCUGAACCUGAAGGGUGUAGUGGAACCAUUGGGAAUAAAAUUGUUAUCCCUGUGGUGACUAUCGUAAAAAGUGAUUCAAGUAGUGACACAAGUGAUGGACAUGGUUCCUGCUCAUGGGACAGUAAUUUACCAGAGUCUCUGGAGUCAGCGUCAGAUGUUCUUCUAAACUUCUUCCCGGAUGUUUCACCCAACGCUAGCAUAACAGAUAGCAGAGAGGAAGAGGGUGUGUCAGAGAGUGAUGAUGGUGGCAGCAGCAGUGUAGAUUCACUGGCUGCACAUGUGAAAAACCUCCUGCAAUGUGAGUCCUCAUUGAAUCAUGCUAAACAAAUACUGAGAAAUGCAGAGGAAGAGGAAAGUCGGGUACGAGCACAGGCCUGGAAUCUGAAGUUUAAUUUGGCUCAUGAGUGUGGGUACUCCAUUUCAGAAUUAAAUGAAGAUGACAGGAGAAAAGUGGAAGAGAUCAAGGCAAAGUUGUUUGGUCAUGGGAGAACAAGUGACUCGUCCCAGGGUUUACAGAGUCCACGGGGAAUAGGAUGCAAGCCAGAAGCUGUAUGUAGUCACAUUAUUAUUGAGAGCCACGAAAAAGGAUGUUUAAGGACUCUAACUUCUCGGCAGACACAAUUGGACAGUCAUCCUUGUGUCUUCAGAUCUGAUGAACCUGAAGAAAUGAUCAGAGGACAGCAGGGCCCAUCAUCAUGGAGAGCCAGGCACAUCAGCCUUUCAGAAUCACUAGAUCAGAACAACCCCCGCUUCAAAGUUUGGAAUUCUUUGCAGUUACGAAGCCACUCCCCAUAUCAAAACUUUAUAGCCAAUAACUUUAAUAUUAGCAAGGAUUUUCGAGUGCCAUUCCGUGAAAAGAUGGACCCUUGGUCGUCAGAAUUAGUAGACCCUGCUCGUGGGCCACCUGAGGAAAUGGAUUUUCAUUCUUCAUCACAAAUGCUGCCCCCAGAACCCAUGAGAAAGUUUACUACCUCCAUCACUUUUUCAUCUCACCGACAUUCUAAAUGCAUUUCAGACUCCUCUGUUUUUAAGGUUGGUGUUACCGAAGGUAGUACUGGAGCAUCUGUGGGGGUAUUUAAUUCUCAUUUCACUGAAGAACAAAAUCUUAGUAGAGAUCAAAAAGAGAAAACCUCUUCUCCUUCAUCAGUUAAAAUGUAUAGUCAUUCACCAGAUAAAGAUCGAACUGUUUUACAAGAGAGCGACAGGCAAAACCAAAAAUUACAUGUAGAUUUUGAGCAUUCUCACCAAGAAGAAAAACUCUUAGAAAUACCAGAUUUUAAAGUCAGUCAUUCUGAGCCCAGUCCCAGUGCAAACUGUAGCAAUUUCAUUAGCAAGGGCAGAGCGAAUUCCACACUAGGAGUAAAAGAGAAGAAUGCAACCGUAACUCCAGAUCUUCCUUCACUCAUUUUCCUUGAACAACGCCAACUCUUUGAACAAUGCAAAGCCCCACAUGCAGAUCACCACAUGAGAAAACACCAUUCUCCCCCUCCUCAGCAUCAAGAUUAUGUAGCUCCAGACCUUCCUUCUCGUAUUUUCCUUGAACAACGAGAGCUCUUUGAACAAAGCAAAGCCUCACAUGUAGCUUAUCAGAUGAGAGAAAACCAUUCUCACUUGCCUCAAGGUCAGGAUUGUAUAGCUUUAGACCUUCCUUCUGACAUUUUUCUUGAACAACGUGAACUCUUUGAACAAAGCAAAGACCCAUGUGUAGAUCACCAUGUGAGAAAACACCAUUCCCCCUUUCCUGAAGAGGAGGAAUGUGUAGUAGAAAAGGAUAAUCAACAUAAGCCUGAAUCACACAUUUCUGAUAUGGUAAAUGUUGAAGCCAAGUUCAAUAAUGUGAUCUCCCAAUCAUUCCCAAAUUACUGUACUCCACCUUCAAAUAGAAGAGCACUUUCUUGUGUUCGUAUAACUCUUUCUCCCAAGACUCCUUCCAAGUUGGAUAGUGGAACCUUAGAUAAAAGGUUACAUUCAUUGGAUCCUGUUUGUGAAUCAAGGAUGAAUAUAGAGUUUAACUCUGAACUACAAACCAUAUCUUCAAGAUCUUUGGAACCAACCUCAGAAUAUAAAUCUUCACUAGAUGUCCACGGUGUACAUUUUCCUCUUACAGAUAGUAGUGCUAUUACUCAGGACUUGAAAAACAAACCUUCUCAGAAUAGCCAGAUAGUGACCUCAAGGCAAACACAAGUGAACAUUUCAGAUUUGGAGGGAUAUUUCAAUCCAGAGGGGACUCCGGUAUCUGCACAUCGACCCCCAGAGGAGAUAAGAACCCCAUCUUCUGCCGUAUCUGGAAGAUUAUCAUCCGAUGCUGUCACUCAGAUAACAACAGAGAGCCCAGAGAAGACCUCCUUUUCAUCUGAGAUUUUUAUUAAUACUGAAGAUCGCGGACGUAAAAUUCCAGAGUCCCAUCCUCAGCAGGUAUACAAAGUUCCCAUCAAGUUUGCUUCAUCAUCUUCAGUCCAACAGAUCACUACCUCUCGUGGCACAGAUGGGACCCAAGUUGACUCUGACUGCUGUCUUCAAAAUGUGGAACCCAACGUUACUUUGAAUUUACUAUCCCAGUCAAGUGGAAGGGACAAAGAGCAUAAAGGUAUACAUGUCGGAGGCUUUUAUGAGCCAGGCCUGAGGGUGGCCCAGAUCGCUUUCCACUGAGGGUAUACAUGUAUAUAUACACAAACACACUAUAUAAUCUAUUCAAAGUGUAUUUUAAGUUUUCCUACUUAUGCAAAACACAUCCAUCUGCAGAUAUCAAUGGAAUAUAUAUACAUGAAAGAAAAUUGCUUGGUUCAGGUUUUAAAGUACAUUGAAUUUAAUUUAAGUAAGUACAUUUAUAUGUUAAGAUGGAAUGUUAUAUUUUUAAAACGUUUUUAUUGUAAAAUAAAAGUAUACAAAACAACAUACAGUUAAAUAAAUUACCCCACAAAGAACACCUUUAUGUGUCAGUUAGCUGUUGCAAUGGCUAACCUAAUUCUGAAAACGUAUUUUAAACCUCUGCUUGCAUCAAAUGAAUCAGGCUAUAUAGACUUUACAUACAGGCACCUGGGAGAAAAUGCUCCUUUAAAAGAUUAGCAUUUACUAAAUACAGUAUUAUUUUUAAUACUGUGUUAAUAUUACUAAUAAUUUUAAUUUUAAUACCUUUAGUACUGUCAAUCAAAAGUAAUAUUUAGUAGAGCUUUUUUUAAUAUGAGAAUAUUUUAAAGUUCAAAGAAUAGUAUAUUAAACACGUGACUCUACCUGCUGGAGCCCUGGUGGCACAGUGGUUAAGAGCUUGGCUGCUAAUCAAAAGAUCGGCAGUUCGAAUCCACCAGCUGCUCCUUGGAAACCUGAUAGGGCAGUUUUACUCUGUCCUGUAGGGUCGCUAUGAGUUGGAAUAGACUAGACAGCACACAACAGCAACAACAUAGCCUAGCCAAGUCGACACAUAAAACUAACCAUCACAACUACCAAACUUUAUAUACAGAGGUAGAGAACUAAAAUGAAUACAUUAAUAAUCUAACAAUUACAGCUACAGUAACAACUAAAUAAAAGUGGGGACUAGGCCCUUUUUUCCCCCUUUGUUUAAAUUCUUCCCUCCUCUACACAUUUUUGUUCCUCUGGACUUCAGCCAUUGCUGAGUAGUCUGAGACCUUACUAGCCCUGCAUGUAUAAGUUUAAGGUAACUUUUUGUUAACUUCUGUCAUGGUAAGGUGGUUCCCUAGGUGCUGGCCGUACUCCUACUGACCUCAUUUUAUUAAGGUAACCUUAUUUCUCCCUGGUACAAGGAUCCCCAGUGGAACAAUGGCUAAGCACUCAGCUCCUAAUUGAAAGGUUGGCACUUCGAACCCACCAUCCACUCCGAGGGAGAAAAGACCUGGUGAUCUACCAUAAAGAUUACAGCCUAGGAAACCCUAUGGAACAGUUUAUGGAACAGUUAUACUCUGUCCUGUACAUCACUGUGAGUCGGAAUCGACUCAACAGCACACAACAGCAACCACAUAGCUCCCUGAUGAUUCAGGCCAAUCAUAGUUCCAGUGAGCACGAUGGCAUCCUUUUCCAUGCAUUACUUUCAUGGCAUAAGAAGUAUAAAAUGGCUAGAUGGUUCCUGUCUGCUGGUGAAAAUGUCCUUCUCUUAUUUCUAAAAAGAUUCUAAAAAGGCUUCUACUUUUCUUCUCGAAUGCAUACAUUCUGUCUGUGGGAUAGGCAAGUACCACAUACGAUUCUGAGCAUAACCAAUAAGAUAGCAUCCCAGCCUCAGAAAAUGGUGCUCCCCAGCUUGUGCCAUAACAGUUUUUAGUAAAUCGCUCACUUUUUUUUUUUUAGGCUUAGCAUACUUGAGAAUGAUAAAACAUAUGGUAAGAACAGGGAAUCCUUCUAGGUAUCAACCUUUUGUCUCGUUUCUUCAGUAUGAAGUGGGUUCCUUUGUUGGAAGCAGGGUCUUUACUAAUAAUGUAGAGCCCGUUGCCUAUUGAUGGAACUGUCAAGAUUGACAAAAUGAUUCUUAGUGAUAUAAAGGCAGUUACAGUGUUCAAAAUUCUAUUCAUAUGAAUAAUAAAGCCCCGUAAAGUACUCAGAAUAACCUAAACAAGAAUUUUAUAACACGUACAUGAAGUAACCCUGUGGAUCACAAUGAUUCGAUCCACGACUGAUCACGGGGAUGGCGCAGAAACGGGCAGUGUUUGGUCUGUUGUGCAUGGAGUUGGCAUGAGUUGGGGGCCAACUCAUGGCAGCUAACAACAACAGUAUAUGAGGGAAAUGCAAAUCUUUCAUUUAGAGAUAGAGAAGGGAAGAACACUUUUUUGUGUGUGCUUUAAGUCAAAGUUUAUAAUUCAAGUCAGUUUCUCAUACAGAAACUUACACACACAUUGUUAUGUGACCCUGGUUGCUCUUCCUACCAUAUGACAGCACACUCCUCCUCUCCACUCUGCAUUUCCUGUCCAUUCAACCAGCUGCUGUCCCCCUCUGCCUUCUGAUUUCGCCUCUGGUCAGGAGCUGGCCACAUAGUCUCACGUGUCUGCUUGCGCUAAGAAGCACACUCCUCGUCAGUAUCAUUUUACGUCUCAUAGUCCAGCCUAAUCUUUGUCUGAAGAUUUGGCUUCAGGAAUGGUUUUAGUUCUGGGCUAACAGAGAGUCUCGGGUUCAUGUCUUUUGGGGUCCCUCCAGUCUCAUUCAGACCAUUAAGUCUGUUCUUUUUACUAGAAUUUGAGCUCUGCAUCUCACUUUUCUCCUGCUCCAUUAGGGUUUCUCUGUUGCGUUCCCUGUCUAGUUCUUCCUGUCUCAGGCUGAUGGAGUCUCUGGUUUAUGUGGCCUUUUCUGUCUCUUGGGCUCAUAUUUUCCUUGUGUCUUUCGUGUUCUUCAUUCUCCUUUGCUCCAGGUGGCUUGAGACCAAUUGAUGCAUCUUAGGUGACUGCUUGCUAGCUUUUAAGACCCCAGAUGCCACUCACCAAAGUGGGGUGCAGAACGUUUUCUUAAUACAUUUUGUUAUGCCAGUUGACCUAGAUGUCCCCUGAAACCGUGGUCCCUAGACCCUCGUCCCUGCUACUCUGUCCCUCGAAGUGUUUGGUUGUAUUCAGGAAACUUCUUAGCUUUUGGUUUAGUCCAGUUGUGCUCACUUCCCCUGUAUUGUGUGUUGUCCUUCCCUUCACCUGAAAUAAUUCUUGUCUACUGUCUAGUUAGUGAAUAAUACCCCUCUCCCUCCCUCCCCACCUUCAUAACCAUCAAAGAAUAUUUUCUUCUGUGUUUAAAUCUUUUCUUGAGCUCUUAUAAUAGUGGUCUCCUACAUUUGUCCUUUUGCAAUUGAUUAAUUUCACUCAGCAUGAUACCUUCCAGAUUCCCCCAUGUUAUGAGAUGUUUCACGGAUUCAUCAUUAUUCUUUAUCGAUACAUAGUAUUCCAUUGUGUGAAUAUACCAUAAUUUGUUUAUCCAUUCAUCCCUUGAUGGGCACAUUGGUUGUUUCCAUCUUUUUGCUCUUGUAAACAGCACUGCAGUGAACAUGGGUAUGCAUAUAUCUAUUCGUGUGAGGGCUCUUAAUUCUCUAGAAUAUAUUCUAAGGAGUGGGAUUGCUGGAUCAUGUGGUAGUCCUUUUCUAGCUUUUUAAGGAAGCACCAAAUUGAUUUCCAAAGUGGUUGUACCAUUUUACAUUCCCACCACAGUGUAUAAGUGUUCCAGUCUCUCCGUAACCUCUCCAACAUUUAUUAUUUUGUGUUUUUGAUUAAUGCUGGCCUUGUUGGGGUGAGGUGGUAUCUCACUGUAGUUUUGAUUUGCAUUUCUGUAAUGACUAAUGAUCGUGAGUGUUUCCUCAUGUAUCUUUUAGCAGCCUGAAUGUCGUCUUUGGUGAAGUGCCUGUUCAUAUCCUUUGCCCAUUUUUUAAUUGGUUAUUUGUCUUUUUCUUGUUGAAGUUUGGCAAUAUCUUGUAGGUUUUAGAGAUUCAACGCUGAUCAGAUUUGUCGUAACCAAAAAUUUUUUCCCAGGUUGUCUUUUGGUGAAGUCUUUGGAUGAGCAUAAAGUGUUUGAUUUUUAGGAGCUCCCAGUUAUCUAGUUUCUCUUCUGGUGUUCGUGCAUUGUUAGUAAUGUUAAGUAUACUGUUUAUGUCAUGUAUUAGGGCUCCUAGCAUUGUCCCUAUUUUUUCUUCCAUGAUCUUUAUUGUUUUAGAUUUUAUAUUUAGGUCUUUGAUUCAUUUUCAGUUAGUUUUUGUAUGUGGCAUGAGGUAUGGGCCUUGUUUCAUUUUUUUGCAAAUAGAUAUCCAAUUAUGCCAGCACCAUUUGUUAUAGACACUGUCUUUUCCUCCACUAAGGAACUUUGGGCCUUUGUCAAAUAUCAGCUCCUCAUAAGUAGAUGAAUUUAUGUCUGGAUUCUCAGUUCUGUCUGUUGGUCUAUGUAUCUGUUGUUAUACCAGUACCAGGCAGUUUUGACUACAGUGGCAGUAUAAUAGGUUCUAAAAUUAGGUAGUGUGAGGCUUCCCACUUUGUUGGAAGAGCACUUUUUGAAAGAAGGUUGAAAUUGAGAGAAGAGUAUGUUUCUAAAUGGGAAGACUGGAUAUUGUAAAGCUUUUAUUUAUUCCCCAAUUAAUUUAUAUUCUAACAAUUCUCAAAAUUCUAGUGAAAUUGUUCUUUUAUACUCGUUUAGUUGAUUUUAAUGCUCAUCAGGAAGAAUAACGAAAUAAAUUUGGGAAAAGAAGAGUAACAGAAGAAAACUAUUAUAGUAGCAGCCGAAUUUAAAGUGUAGUACUAGCCUGAAUAUAUGUAGCUGUAUCAGUGAACUGGAGUAGAAAGCAAAGACAUGAACCUUGUUUUAAUUGAGUUUAAUGAGUGAUAAAGGAGGCAUCACAAUGAGAAAAAUAAGAAUUAUAUAGUAAGUGCUAUUUGACUAAAUUUGUUACUUAUUAGGCAAGAGGGAGAUUGGAAGAACUGAGCACUUUACACAUAUCACAAUUUGUUUGAUACAUUUUAUGUUUUUUAAUUCAUUUAAAUUUUCACAACAACCCCAUGAGGUAGGUAUUGUUAUGAUGCCCAGCUUGUAGGUAAGGAAAAUGAGGCCAAAAAAAGGGUGAUUUAUUCAAGGUCACAAAGGUAGUAAGUGGUAGCUUCAUUGGAUUUAAGAUUAACUGACGGAUUGCUUAUGGAGUGUAUAUUGGAAUAAAUGAUAAGCUGUUUUAUCACCAAACUUCCAAAACGCAGGUUAGUGGUCCAGGGCAGGUAGCUCUGCUUCCUGUCUGGCGGCUCUGGUAUCCUUGCAGUGUGACUUCUGUCUCUGGGUCUGAAGUGGCUGCUGCAGCAAUCAUAAUCUGCAGUCCCUAGGAAGUGAAGGGCUUUUAUGUGAUGCCUGGAGCCUGCACCCAUUAUUCUCACUCUCAUCCCGUGGGCGUAAACUUAAUUACAUGUCCAUAUAUGGUUUCAAGGGAGGUUGGAAAAUAAAGUACAUGGGUGGGUGGCUAUGUGCGCAACUGAAUAUCAGGAAGUUCUAUCACUAAUAGAAAAAAAAAGGUGGAGGGGGGAAACCAGGGGACAUUUAGCAGUUUCCGCCACACCAUGAAAGAGAAAUACCAGUAUUCCAAUGUUCUAUUAAAUGGGCAAAGGGCAUAAACAGAUGAUUUCCAAAAAGAGCAACAUGCAUGAUUAACAAGUACAUAGAAAAAGAUUCAACCUCUAUAAAACUCAGAUCAGUACAAAAGUAAACAAUGGAAUUCCAUUUACUUCCACUAACAAGGAAUUUUUUUUUUUAAGACUAUAAUUGUACUGUUGGAGAAGGGUAAAUUGGAACAGACAUUUUAGAAGGCAGUUUACAGUUAGCAUUAAAAAAAAAAAGCUAGCUUUAUAAAUGGUGUAAUUUUUCACUCUGUGAUCAGAGAAUUUAACUGAGAUAGGGUGGCAGGAGGGAAAGUGGGUGUGCUGUAAACAGGAAAAUCUUUAUGUACAGAAUUCUUUAUAAUUGAAAAUUUGAGCUCAACCUAAAUUUUGAACAUUGGAAAAAGGGUUCAGUACAUUUAGUUAAUCUGUGGUAUAUGGUCAUAUGAAAAAGGUGAACAAUAGGAAAUACAUUUUUUUUAAUUAUAAAUGUAAAGCAGAAAUGCUGAAGUCCAUAUUAUGCACACUAUAUGCAGACAUGCCUCUGGUGGCACAGUGGUUAAGCAUUUGGCUGCUAACCAGAAGGUCAGCAGUUCAAGUCCACCAGCUGCUCCUUGGAAACUGCAGUUCUACUCUGUCCUAUAGAGUCAGAAUCAACGUAACGCAGUGGGUUUGGUUUUGAUUAUAUGCAGACAGCUGUGUAAACAAAUAAGAAACAGAGAAGGAAAACUGGAAAGAAAUGCAUUAAAAUGUUAAUAGUAGUUAUCUUUGAAUGGUAGAACUUUGUCUAUUGUGUAUUUUCUUAAUAUUGAGAAUUUAUUACUUUUAUCAAGGAAAUAUCAAGAAACUUUUGUUUUGAAGAUCUGUCACACAAAAGAGAGUUAGACUUACUUUCUUUGGCUUUGAGGGCAGAAUUAAGACCAUAAGACCAAUAGUAGUAGUGAACAGCGACCAGGUUUUGGUUCAAUAUAAGGUAAAGUGUUUUUCAGUUAAAGUCAUCUAUGUAUGGAAUGAAUUCCUAAAAACUCAUCUUCUCGGUGAAACCUGUCCUGACCACCCUAUUGAAAACUGCGUGUCUGCAAUUUCCCCAGUACUCCCAGCCUUGUUCAGCAUUUUCUAAUUGUUCUUUUUUUUCCCAUAACACCUAUACUCUAUUAAAUUACUAGACAGUUUACUUCUUAUGUUAAUUAUUUACUGUAUUUCGCCCUCCAAUAGAAUGCUGUUUCCUCUUGAAGGCAGAGAUACUUUUCUCUUUGAUUCAGUGAUAUAUCUCAGGGCAUAUGGUAGGCACUCAGUAUUUGUUCAAUA